GGGGUAGGUGUAGAUGAGAAGCUGUCUUUACGGCGGGUAGCCGUGGUAGAAGAUUUCUUUGACAUUAUCUAUUCCAUGCAUGUUGAAACCGGGCCUAAUGGAGAACAGAUCAGAAAACAUGCGGGACAGAAGAGAACGUAUAAAGCAAUUUCAGAGACCUAUGCCUUCCUACCGAGAGAAGCGGUGACACGAUUUCUAAUGAGUUGCUCAGAGUGCCAGAAAAGAAUGCAUUUAAACCCAGAUGGAGCAGAUCAUAAAGAUAAUGGAAAACCACCAACACUGGUGACCAGUAUGAUUGAUUACAAUAUGCCAAUUACUAUGGCCUAUAUGAAACACAUGAAGCUGCAGCUACUAAAUUCACAGCAAGACGAGGAUGAAAGCUCUAUAGAAAGUGAUGAGUUUGAUAUGAGUGACUCUACGAGGAUGUCAGCUGUGAACUCUGACCUCAGCUCAAAUCUCGAAGAAAGAAUGCAAAGUCCUCAGAAUCUCCAGGGCCAGCAGGAUGAUGAUUCAGCCGCAGAGAGUUUUAAUGGCAAUGAGACCGUGGGACACAGUUCCAAUGCUUCAGGGGGAACACACUGCAGGGAGAUGGCAGAAACCAACAGUAAUGGCAAAUCAAAUCUGGAGCAGGAUGAGCAGCCUCUGAACCUGAGUGACAGUCCCCUCUCUGCUCAGCUGACUUCAGAAUACAGACUAGAUGAUCACAGCAGUAAUGGAAAGAACAAAUACAAGACUCUCCUAAUUUCUGAUCUCAAGAUGGAACGGGAGGCAAGAGAAAAUGGAAGCAAGUCUCCUGCACAUAGCUACUCAAGCUAUGACUCUGGCAAGAAUGAGAGUGUAGACAGGGGUGCUGAAGAUCUGUCUCUGAAUCGAGGAGAUGAAGACGAGGAUGACCAUGAUGAGCAGGAAGAUCCUGAGAAGGUUAAUGAGUCAGAUGGGGUAGAAGCUGAGCGACUGAAAGCUUUUAAUAUGUUUGUCAGGCUGUUUGUAGAUGAAAACUUGGACCGAAUGGUCCCAAUCUCUAAGCAGCCCAAAGAAAAGAUCCAGGCUAUCAUUGACUCAUGCAGGCGACAAUUCCCUGAGUAUCAAGAGCGUGCCAGAAAGCGCAUACGUACUUACCUCAAGUCCUGCAGGCGGAUGAAAAGAAGUGGUUUUGAGAUGUCACGACCUAUUCCCUCACACCUUACUUCAGCAGUUGCAGAGAGUAUCCUGGCUUCCGCCUGUGAGAGUGAAAGCAGAAAUGCUGCAAAAAGGAUGCGGUUGGAUAGACAGCAGGAUGAGGCUACACCAGCUGACAAACAGUACAAACAGGAGCCAGCCCAGGUCACUUACUCAACAUCAGCUGUUUCCAGCACACAGGAGGUGUUGUACAUCAAUGGAAAUGGGACCUACAGUUACCAUAGUUACAGAGGGCUCGGAGGUGGGCUGCUAAAUCUCAACGAUGCUUCUAGCAGUGAUCUGCAGCCAUCUUCCACCACAGCCACAACUCAGCACUGCAUCCCAGGCUCCACAAAUGUCCAGUCUCCCUCCAACUCAGGUCCAACAGAUCUCAGUAUGAAGAGGCAGUUAGCAAGCAGCUCGGGCUCCUCCAGCAGUACAAGCUCCAGGCCCCAGCUGAGCCCCACCGAAAUCAACGCUGUGAGGCAGCUGGUGGCAGGGUACCGGGAAUCAGCUGCGUUUUUAUUGCGUUCUGCAGAUGAACUGGAAAACCUGAUUUUGCAGCAGAACUGAGUCACGUGACCUACACAUGGGCCUGGUCUUAUCUCAGAGUUUCCACUAAUGACAUUUUGAUUUCCCAGAGCACACACUUCAGUUACCGCACAGUCUUUUAGGAGAGUUAAUUACCAUAAUGCCACACUGUUCUUGAUCCAUAAAGUGAUGUGUUAAGGUGCUUCAAGUGAACUUCGACCUCUGGUAUUUCUGAGGUAC